AUGAGCUGCUGUACUGGCCGCUGUACGCUGGCAUUCAUCUGCGGCAUGCAGCUGAUUAGCAUACUGGAACGGCAGAUUUUUGACUUCCUCGGAUACCAGUGGGCGCCAAUUCUCACCAACUUUGUCCAUAUCAUCACGGUGAUUCUGGGACUGUUUGGGACGGUGCAGUUCAGGCCGCGUUAUGUCACUGGGUACGCGGCCUGGCUGGUGCUCUGGGUCACCUGGAACGUCUUCAUCAUCUGCUUCUAUCUGGAAGUGGGUGACCUUUCCAAGGACACAGACUUGAUCAUGACUUUUAACAUCUCCAUGCACCGCUCGUGGUGGAUGGAGAACGGCCCCGGGUGCAGGGUGACCCCGGUAACCCCGCCGCCCGUCUGGGCCCCUGAGGACCACCGCUACAUCAGCAUAGCUGGCUGUGCGCUGGAGUACCAGUAUGUGGAGGUGGCACACAGUUCCCUGCAGAUCAUUCUGGCGCUUGCCGGGUUCAUCUACGCCUGUUAUGUGGUGAAACUCAUUUCAGAAGAGGAGGACAGCUUUGAUUUUAUAGGUGGUUUCGAUUCCUACGGGUACCAAGGACCACAGAAGACUUCUCAUUUGCAACUCCAACCGAUGUACAUGUAA